GCUGGCGGCGAUGACAGCUACCCUCGAUACGUAUCUGGCGCCGGUGCGCUCUCGGGAGGCCGCGAGGCGUUCACGGGCUUCCUCAACGCACGCGCAAAUGUCGUCGGCUUCAGAUCCGGCUGGGUACACCGCGCCUGCAACCUCACCGCCGUCGCCUGCGUCUACCACCACUACCGCAUUCUCGGCCGCAUCUUCAACCGCGUCCACCAACACCACCGUGUCCUCCUCUACAGUUACCUCAGCGUCCAGAUCGGUACACCAUCACAUCCACUGACGUCGCGCCUGCACUCACCUCGCCGAUGAGCAUCCGCCCCAAGCCUGACGACACCGACAAGCACCCCUACAUCCUCGGCCGGGGAGAGGACGAGCUCGCCGACGUUGAGAUGCCCGGGCUCGUAGAGGGCCGUGCCGAGUUCGGUCCCUCCAAGCCCUUCGCUGGUGCGCGCAUCGAUUGUAAGGAAAUCCCCAAAGCGCACAUGUUCAAGGCGGAUGUGCCGGGGCUGAAGGAGGAGGAGGAGAAGGUGAAGGACGGCAACAUCCUCCAGACCUGUGGCAAGCGCAACAAGGAGCAGGAGAAGACGGACACCGGGCACCGCGUGGAGUGCAGCAGCUGGUCACCCUGGCACGAGAACGCGAAGACGCAGCAGAUCUGGGCGCCCAUGGAGAACGGCGUGCUCACCAUCAUCCGCGAUGGGCUCAAGGACGCUUCUCCCGCGCCGAGUCCAUUCUCUGCAGCGGCCACUGACUUCUGCGAGCCGACACCCACCAGUCGCUCGACGGUUUGCCUCAAUGAUGACUGCCCGGAGCUGCUUGUCCUCAUCAACAGCCGAUCUGCUUCCUUUAAUCCCGGAGACAGCGAGGUCACGCGCGAGGUUCCUGGGCUCGCAGAUGAGGGCUGCUGCUAUCUAGCGUCGAUCAGUCACUACCUGUCGUCUGGAUUACAAGUGCAUUACACUGAUACGCUCCUGGAUGAAACAAAGUUUGAUUCAAUCCGUGAUCGUGGAACACCCUGCCAUUUCAACCUAGGACAAGGCCAAGUGUUAAAGGGUUGGGAUCAAGGAAUCAAGAACAUGAAGAGGGAAAUUGCUAUUUUCACUAUUCCUCUUGAACUGGCUUAUGAUGAAUCGGGUUCACCUCCAACUAUUUCACCCAAUGCAACUCUGCAGUUUGAAGUUGAGCUGCUUUCUUGGAAUAGUGUCAAAGAUAUUUGCAAGUACGGUGGCAUAUUCAAGAAGGUACUGAAGGGGGGAGAGAAACGGGAGAGCACAAAGGAUCGCGAUGAAGUCCUUGUGAAAAAUGAAGCUCAGCUUGAGGAUGGUACAAUUGUAUCUAAGCUUGAGGGAGUUGAGUUUAUUGUUAAAGAUGGGUAUUUCUAUCAGGCACUUGUCAGAGCUGUCAAAACCAUGAAAAAGGCAGAGAAAGUGCUCCUUACAAUCCAGCACCAAUAUGGUUUUGGUAAGAAAGGUAGACCAGCAGCUGUUCAUGCUCAUGCGUCUGGAGCAGAUAAUGAUGAGCAAAUACUGAAUGCAAUGGUGCAGUGCCUCAUUGUGCUUGUUAAGUUGCAGCUAAGGAUGCCAGGACCCGAUGCUUCGACUGAGUCCAUUGGUAUGGCACUGAAGGAGCUAUUUGUGGAGGCAGGAACCAAGAAUGAAGUAGUAAUGGGCCUUAACCCCUGGAAACUCUUGGAAAGUAUACACGCAUGGAAUUCACAAUACAAAGGCUAUUUGAUGCAUGAUAGUUAUGAAUUGCUUUACCUUCUGCGCAAGUGCUGAAAUGAGGAGAAGUCCAGGAAGCCUCCUAAUCUGCGAGGGGAGUGCUUCUGGAGCAGUGAUGCUUACUACUGUGCAGUUCA